AUAUAAGAAAUGGUAAAUUAGCGACAAUUGAGAAAACACGAGAGUUAAAAUUAUGUACGUCAUUUAUUUAAAUGUAGUUCGUGAAAAGUGUGUGAACAUGUUAAAGUAGUUUAGUUGAACGACACACUGACACCGCGGGUAACUAUUUUACCACCGCGGAUGUGCACGGCGGCUCACGCGGGGGGUGACGUCACGCGCUCUGAUCGUCGCCCUUCUUCUCCGUCGCUCCGUCGAGGCAACAGGCUGAACGCUGCUAACAAAAAAAAACAAAAACCCCCCACCGCGUUUUUCGGGUGAAGAUGGCCGCUGGUCCUCUCUCUGUCUCCUCCAACGCGUCCACAAACAACGAUGGCAUCCUCAUCGGCGACAAGGUCUACUCGGAGGUGUACCUGGCCAUCGACAACUCGCUCAUACCGGAGGAGCGGCUCUCCCCGACGCCGUCGAUGCUCGACGGCCUCGACCUGAACACGGAGACCGACCUUCGCAUCCUCGGGUGCGAGCUCAUCCAGUCCGCGGGCAUUCUCCUCCGCCUGCCGCAGGUGGCGAUGGCGACGGCGCAGGUUCUCUUCCAUCGCUUUUUCUACUCGAAGUCCUUCGUCAAGCACAGCUUCGAGAUCGUCGCCAUGGCGUGCAUCAACCUGGCCUCUAAGAUCGAAGAAGCUCCGCGACGAAUACGAGACGUCAUCAACGUUUUCCACCACCUGAGGCAGAUCAGGGGCAAAAAGACUCCGAGUUCAUUGAUACUCGAUCAGAACUACAUAAAUACCAAAAACCAAGUCAUCAAAGCAGAGCGGCGGAUCCUGAAGGAGCUGGGCUUCUGUGUGCAUGUCAAGCAUCCACACAAGAUUAUCGUCAUGUACCUUCAAGUCCUGGAAUGUGAAAAGAACCAGACACUGGUCCAGACGGCCUGGAACUACAUGAACGACAGCCUGAGGACAAACGUGUUUGUGAGGUUCCAAGCUGAGACCAUCGCCUGUGCCUGCAUAUACCUCGCUGCCCGAGCUCUGCAGAUACCUCUGCCAUCUAGACCUCAAUGGUACCUGCUGUUUGGUGCCAGUGAAGAUGAGAUUAAAGAAAUCUGCAUCACCACCCUGAAACUUUACACAAGGAAGAAGCCUAACUAUGAUCAGAUGGAGAAGGAGGUGGAGCGGAGGAAGGUUUUUUUGGCCGAGGCCAAGCUGAAGGCCAAAGGCCUGAAUCCUGAUGGUACACCCGCGUUGUCCACACUGGGCGGCUUCUCCCCUGCCUCCAAGCCCUGCUCCCCGAACGUGGUGAAGGUCGAGGAGAAGUCCCCCAAUAACCAGACCCUCAAACCGGUGAAGAAGGAGCCCGACGGCAGGACUCAGGGCAACAAGAGUCCCCACAACGGGUUAAGGAAAGACGUGAAAAUCGGGAGGAACAGCAGGAGUGGAAGUCGAUCUCGUUCAAGAACACGUUCCCGGUCUAGAUCGCGAUCCCCUCGCAGACAUUACAACAGCAGACGCAGUCUCUCGGGGACCUACAGCUCUCGCUCACGUUCUCGCUCCCACAGUCGCAGCCCCUCGCCUCGGCGACAUCCGCCCUCGCCCCUGCUCCCCCACCUCAAAUCCAAGUCCAGUCACCACAGCAAUAGCGACUCCAAGGCUAGCGGACGCCAUAGCAACAGCGGUGGCGGAGGAGGAGGAUCUGGUCACAAGAGGAAGCGCUCGCGCUCUCGGUCGCGCUCCCGCACUCCGGUCAAGGCAGACAGGGAGCGGGAGAGAGAGAGGGAGCGGGAGAGAGACAGAGACCGCAGCUCCUUUGACCUUUCGUCCAAGAAACACAAACACGAGCGUGGGGGUCACCGUGGAGACCGGAGGGAGAGGGAGAGGUCUCGCUCCUAUGACAGGGAGAGAGAGAGGGAGCGCAGCCACAAGAGCAAACACCACGGCAGCAGCGGGCACUCAGGACACAGCCGUCACCGGCGCUGAGACACACUCACACACUCACACACUCACACACACACUCCCAACAGACGAGCCCUGGGGCCGAUAGAUGUUUUCAAGUUUACUCAAAAUAAAAUCAAGCAAGUUCUCUGAUACAGUUGAAUACGUUUCACUGUCAGUAAACAAACUCCUAAUUAUUUCAUUAAGCCCACGCCGACUGCCGUCACGUUAACAGAUGAAUCUGGUGAGUUCUUUAAAAGUUACAGUUAAUAGUUGCAGCACAAACUAAUCUGGAAGUAAACCAAACAUCUGCAGCCUGUCGAGUGACACUGCAGUGAUCCAACGACCAAUCACAACCAAACCAGACGGCGCCCAUCUGCUACGUUACAGAGAACAGGCGGGGUUUAAUUUAAUUUUUCGUACAACACCAGCCGAGUACCGACACAGUUGGUUGUCUGGGUUCCUCACAUGCAUCAUGAAACUGACCAUUUAUAUAAUCAUAUAAUUUACCGGAACGUCGAUUCUCUUCAGCCUCGACUUUUGUUGGCCAAAGCAAAAUCACACGUACCCGUAGUAACAUGAGAUUUUUUUUGUCCUUAAAUAAAGCAUUGUGGGCGGUUCUAGAAACACUGUUGAUUCCUGCUCAGAGCCUCUUUGUGACGGAGUGUCAUUUGUGUGACUCAUCUGCACAGCGUCACACCUGUAGCUGAUAUUUGGCAGCGGUGUGUCACGUUGUGUUGCUGUAGACCGGAGGCGCUUGCAUCAGAGGAACCCAGGCCGCAGCAGCAACUACCAGCAUGACGAGGACUGUUCGUAGCUUUACGAGUGUUGAGCCUCUUCUUUUUCUUUUUCUUUCCCCGUUGUUCCACCCGGUCGGUUGGGAUCGGUGGUUGAGGGGGCGGCGUCAGCGCAGCGUGACAUCUGUCCAGGACCCGUUGGUUUGUCUUUUGUUUUCCCAUGAUGCCUCCUCCACACAGACACACCACUACCAUCCCUCUAGGCCCCCCCCCCCCCCCCCCACGUCUUUGGUUUUAUGUCUAAAGUUAUGGACUUUGGGACAAAGGAAACUUAUUUACAGUGUAAAGAUGGGUUGAUGAUAUCCACUGGACACAAUGUGAACGCUUUGAUUUAUAAAAGCAAACUUCGCAGUGGAAGGAUCGAAUGACAAAACAAUGUAAAAUAAAAGUGAUCAUUCAGGAACGAUCAAUAUGUUUGCACAUAAAGGGACUGGCAGGCAGGUUUGUUUCCUUUUGCUUUUUUUUUGUCAUCUUGUUUUUUGGACAGGUGCAUGUUGCUAAAGCUAUGUUGUACAGUUUCCAAAACAGCAAACGGUCUAAACUUGAUUUUUGUUUUUGUUUUUUUUACAGCAGGAGAUGCAGACUUGAUUUGAAAACAUUUUAGGGUUGUCAAUUUGUUACACUGGUUUUUAGUCUGCACGUGUUAAUGUCCAAUUUUUAUUCAAUAAUAAAUGAGUUAUGCCACUGAA